CUAAAUAUUACUGUCGUCAGCACCACCGCCUACAUCCCUACAAAAUGUUGGCCACGAGCAGCGUCGGGGCCACUACGGCUGUGUGUUCCUUGUCUGACCAGGUGAAAAAGUAUAAGGCGCGCAUGGUGGUAGACGAGAAGGACUCGGACAACCCGUCCAAGCCCCACGUGAUCAGGCGCGACAUCGAUUCACUCGUCAUCAUGUGCAUCAAAGUCGUGACGGACCGCUUCAGCACCAAAGCCAACCCCAUGGCGGGCAUCCCCACGCGGUUUCUUCCAGAAGUCACGCAGCGUUUGCCGUUGGACCUGCACAUUGUGGCCACAGCGCCCCACAUCCACGACGAGAACUUUUGGAAACGUUGUUGUUUGCAUCGGGCGGGAUGGUCGAAUUUGCAGAUUGCCCAGCACGGGCUCACGUGGAAGCAGUUGUACUUAGAGCGCAACCUGCAAGAAGAGCUGGAAGGGUUCGACCCGUCCAACUCGGGCGACCAACGCACGUACGCGGACUUACUGAACAAGAUCCACGCGAGCGCGCCGCACAUUUUCUCGCUUGAGAUCGACCAGCUGCUGUCCCAUCUGGACGUGUACGAAGUCACGUCGUGCCUGCCCAACCUGACCAAACUCAAGCUCUCGUACGGGGUCAAGAACAUCGGCAUGAAGUACGAACGCAUGCUGUUUGGCAUGAAGAUCAGCGACGCCACGUCCUUGUCCCACGCGAUCAAGGCGACGACGACGCUGUCGACGCUUCAGCUGCCGAGCAACCUCCUCGACGACGACCUGCUUCGCAUGCUCAUGACUGGGCUCAUCAAGAACACCACCAUCACCACGCUCGACUUGUCGCACAACAAGAUCACCAACCACGGCGCCCGGCUCUUGGCCAAGCUGCUCGUGCCCACGUCGGUUAUUUCAACGCUCAACUUGUGCGACAACCAAAUCCACGCAGAGGGCGGGAGGUACUUGGCUCGAGGCCUCAAGUGCAAUGUCAGUUUGAUGGAACUGAACCUGCGACUGAACCGGCUCACGGACGAAGGGGGCAAGUUGCUGGUGGAAGGCCUCGUGGGCCAUCGAUGCCUGAGCAUUCUCAACUUGAGCAACAAUGCGCUGGGCUCGGAAACGGCGGAAGGACUCGGUGGGCUAUUCUUGGACCCUGAAAGUGCCCUAUCAGUCGUGGACUUGAGUGGCAACCAACUCACGGAAUCGGACGCAAUCGCGCUGUUCGAAGGGCUGGAAAAGAACACUCGUGUCGUGACGUUGGAUUUGCGACUAAACCACGUUCCCAAGGACGCGGCCGCCGUUGUCCAGAUUGCCCAGAUCGUGCGCCGCAAUGAAAUCCAAGGGCGUAAAGGUUGAGAUAGACAGACACUACUUCAAAUUUGUUAAAAAUACGUCGUGUACGACAGCUACGACAACGAUGCGCUGGUGUUGCUCGACACGUCCUUGGGGCAGUGGUUGUGCACAAGAUA